CAUGGAGAGAGGUCUCAUCCUCCGCCAGUUCUGCGGACUGAUACUUGUCGCAGCCAUCCUCCUGACGCUUUACGGCGUGCUGCUGUUUUCUACUUACGCCAACAACAAAAGAGUCCCACGUAACUCGGAGUGUGAUACCAAAAGAUUAGUCUCUUCUAUGGAUACACACAGCAAUGCCAAGUAUACACCGCAAACUUGCACACCGAGAACCAACCUAGCUCUCGCCAAGCUGCACAAGACUGGCGGUACAACUCUCAUGCAGAUUCUCCACCGUGUUGCCUACCUGAGAAACCUGUCUAUAGUCAUCCCAGUUUCCCCUGGUAGAAACAGCAUCAACUUGUUCUACCCGCGAUGGCCUAAACCUGACAAAUACUUACCUCCACAAGGCAACAGUUAUAACAUGUUUACCUUCCAUAGCUACUAUAACCACACGAAGUUAGCUAGCUUACUUGGUAAGAACACUACGUUUGUUACUGUGUUACGGGAGCCUUUAAGCCAUCUUAGAUCGCAGUUUAACUUCUACUGGAUGGCGAAGUACUAUAAGAUUAAAGGACCGGAUCCACUGCUGCAGUUUUUAGAAAACCCGGAAAAAUAUGACCACAGAAGACCAGGGUAUAGAGGCACAAGAAAUCCAAUGGCAGGGGAACUAGGGAUAGAUACAGAGAGUUUAGUAAGAUUAACUCAACAGUCUAUGGAUAGACCACCCGGGCAGGCAUUGAGUGAUUCAGGUGUGAGAGAGAUACAGUCUUUCAUAGACAAGAUUUCUGAAGAGAUGGAUUUGGUCAUGAUCCUGCAGUACUUUGACGAGUCGCUAGUCGUCCUCAAGAGGUUGAUGUGCUGGCAGCUACAGGAUAUUCUGUACUACAAAAUGCUGGCGUUGAAAUAUGCAGCUAAAGAGACUGAGGUCCCAGAAAAGUUGGUGGAGACCCACCGAAAGUGGGACCUCGUUGAUUACGCACUUUAUGAUCACUUCAACCGAACUCUCUGGAAGAAAGUGACAGAAAUAGGCGAAGACGACAUACGGGCCGAAACCGACCACUUCAAGGAGGUAAAUCUAAAAGUGCAAGAACAUUGUAGCAUGGAUGGCUCUGAUUACCAACAAGUUUUAACAAUAGAAGAGACCAAAUGGAACGCCAAGUUCACUGUGACCAACGAGUUUUGUACCUUCUUGAAAUUCGGGCAAAUGUGUUACGUGACGCUACUCCGUGACCGAAACCUACGUUACAGAAGAACAGAGGAACAGACGUUGGAAUCGAAAACCCCGGACAAUAAGAGAGAUCUUUAUUCUAAACGGUACUGUGUCCUUUGCGACGAAAUCUCGCGAGAUUGUACGUUGAACGAGUACCUCACACAUCUGUAUUUUGAAAACUCCGUGUCUCAUUUCUCCUCAAGUCUUUACCCCAGUGGUCGCACGAUUUCUGUUUUACACAGUGCAAUGGAAGGCGUGCCGAUAUUCCGGCUGUUCCGGUGGAUGCUGUUGUUUGCUGUCGUCAUUGUGCUGCUGUACGGCGCGCUGCUGUUCGAACGUCACAGCAACGCCGGGACAGCAGUGCAGUACAACACUUUGGAAGUUCAGAGAAGAUCCGACACCACCCAAGAUACAACGACUAAAGUCAAGUUCCGUCCUCCAAACUGCAUCAAACGGACCAAGUUAGCCCUGGCCAAAGUCCACAAGACAGGAGGAACCACCCUGAUGCAGAUUCUUCACCGGUUCGCUUAUCUCAGAAACCUUUCCUUGGUCAUCCCAAGUCAGAGAAGCCGGGGGAGCAUCAACGCGUUCUACCCUCACGGGCUGAAGACUGAGAAAUGUCUACCACCACAGGGCGACCACUACGAUAUGUUUACGUAUCAUUUUGUCUAUAAGCGAGACGCCAUCACAAAUCUACUCGGCAAGGAUGCGUUUUUCGUCACAAUUCUACGCGAGCCGCUCAGUCACCUCAAAUCGCAGUUCCACUUUUACGAUCUAGCAAAAGCCUACAAACUGAAAGGCGAGGCAAAUCCUCUUGGGAAGUUUCUGGAAAAUCCGGCUGCGUACGAUCGUAAGAAACCAGGAUAUCUAGGGACUAGAAAUCCGAUGUCUGCCGAUUUGGGCAUGGAUACUGGCGUUUUGAGGCAGCUGACAGAAGAAGCCAUGAAAUGGCAGCCUGGUCAACCUAUUAACUCCACCGCUGUACAUGUUAUAGAGAGCUUCAUUCGUAAAAUUGACGACGAGUUCGAUCUUGUUAUGAUCACUGAGUAUUUUGACGAGGGACUUGUGAUGCUAAAGAGGCUAAUGUGCCUAGACAUAAGAGACAUCCUUUACUACAAAACACUUUCCUUUCUCUACAAAACAAAGGACAAAGAAGUGCCCACAUCUUUAGUCAAGAACCAUAAAAAAUGGGACAUCGUAGACUACCAACUAUACUACUACUUUAACAAGAGCUUUUGGCGUAAAGUUGAUCGGUUAGGAGACGGCUUCAGAGAAGAGACUAAAUAUUUUAAGGACUUGAACUUGAAAGUUCAGCGACAUUGUAGUGUGAAUGAUCCCAGCAACCAAGGAGCUUUGGUCAUACCGGAAAGUAACUGGAACCCGUCAUUCAUUGUGACUCACGAGUAUUGUACUUUAAUGAAGCUUGGGCAGAUGUGUUACAUGACUCUACUCAGAGAUCGUAACCUUCGUUACAACAGAGACAAACAUCAAGAAUUACACCCUAAAACUCCUGAAGGGGACGAGGGAGUUUUGUACUCCAAACGGUACUGUGCCCUUUGUGAUGAAAUCUCGCGAGAUUGCACGUUGAAUGAGUACAUAGCGCACCUGUUUUUCGAGAAGCACAUCUCGCAUUUUCACACGAGUUUUAGUCCGCACACGAGAACAGGGAGAGGGCAGAGGGAGGUGGAGUUCAAGGAUUAUUCCGACAUCAUGGCGGUUCGGGUACGCAGACAAGUGGUGGUCUUCUCUCUGGCUCUCCUGUUUCUCUACUUCAUCGCUUCCAUGUUUCUAACAAAGGACAACUGCAGCACUGCCGUUCGUGAUUUAGGGAAGUUGGAAACAGACACGUUCAAUGAUCCUUGGAAUGCCUGGCAAAAACGAGCGGAUGAGCAAACUUCUGAGCUUUCUUGGAAAAGAUACAGAGACACUCCUACAGACAACAGUAAAAGCACUAGCCAGUUCCUGCCGCCUACCUGCCUGCCACGCACCAAGCUAGCGCUGGUCAAAACUCACAAGACAGGCGGGACCACCACCAUGCAGCUCCUGCACCGCUAUGCCUACCUCAGAAACCUGUCCUUAGUCCUGCCUAACGCCACGCACCCGGGCCGCAUGAACGCGUUCUACCCGCAUAAACUCACUACAGACCGGUACCUGCCACCUCAAUAUGGAGAUCAGUACGACAUGCUGACAUAUCAUACUGUGUAUGAUAGAGACACUUAUGUCAAACUUGUUGGACAAGACGCAGCCUUUAUAACCAUACUGAGAGAGCCACUUAGUCACAUAAAGUCUCAGUUUAACUUUUACAACUUUGUACAGAGGUUUAACAUAACCGGACAGGACCCGUUUUACCGUUUUCUAGGAAACAUUGGGAAGUACGAUAAACAUGGUCCGAGUCAUCUGGGUUCUAGUAGCCCUAUGUCUGUUGACCUGGGUAUGCCUAAGAACGUUCUAUCAGACAUUACACAACACUCUUCUCAGAGAGAACCCGGACAACCUCUCAACGCUACUACCGUGCAAUACAUUCAGGACUUUCUGAAGAAGCUGACAAGAGAAAUGGAUCUCGUCAUGAUCACGGAGUAUUUUGACGAGUCUUUAGUGAUGUUAAAGAGACUCAUGUGCUGGGAACUGAAGGACAUACUCUACUACAAAGCGCUGUCGUUCGAGUACGCUACUAAGGAAAAACUCAUACAUACAAACUUAGUGGAAAACCACAGAAAGUGGGACACCGUGGACUACCACCUAUACGAGCAUUUCCUCACAAUCUUUAAACAGAAAGAGCAGGAAUUAGGACCAGAUUUUAAAAGCGAGGUGAAGAAUUUCAAAAACGUAAACCUUAAAGUGAAAAUCCGCUGUAGAGAGACUGGUUCUAAAAACAGGGAAGACUUGAUCAUACCUGAAACCAAAUGGAACAGAGCGUUUGUAGUGACACAUGAGUUCUGUACUAUGAUGAAGACGGGCCAACUGUGCUACAUGACGCUACUGAUGGACCGUAACUAUAGCUACAGGUCUAAGAAAAAGAGAAUCUCGUCUGUUUCUAACCUGUACACCUCGCACUACUGUACCCUGUGCGGAAGGAUAUCUAAAGACUGUACUCUGGGUGAAUAUGUCACACAUCUGAUCCAUGAGAACCGCAUCCCACGCGCAGACUCAAGUUUCAGUCGAAACCGUCACACGGUAGACGGACAGAACCAGGAGGAGUUCCAAGCGUAGAGGACAGGCGUUCUGUACAAGAUUUUUGUCCGUGCAAGACUUUUCUUUACAUGAUACACACACACGCACACACGCGCGCGCGCGCACACACACACAGACACACAGA